AUGGUUUCACAAGAUGUAGGGAGAAUCUUUAAGACAUUUCUGAUACUUGGCAUCAUCACGACUGGGAAGGGGCAAGGGGAAUACCUCAGUAUCCAGAGAAGACCUAUCUUCAAUGAAAAGUUAAUAGAGAUGACCCUCCAUGGUAAUAACUCUGCGACAAGUAAGCACACAAAAAAGGAUAAGACUUUAUUAUCGUACGGACGAAAAUAUCUAAAGGAAACUAGGCCUACAAGAUGAGUGUCAUGAGUGGAGCGUUUAAUAUAGUCAAUAAUACAAUUCAGAUUGAACACGGACUUGAAGAAACACCAUGGAUUGAAUUACAAACUGAAAAGGUGGAUUACAUGUACACGUUCUCCGACAACUCCGAGCAAGAUGGGAAUUACACUGAAGAUGCAAAGUUUGAAGAAUUUUACAAACAAUCCAGAUUCAUCACUGGAUUGAUAUGCUAUCCCAUUGUUUGCACAUUUGGCUUGAUAGGAAAUGUCAUAAGCGUUAUAGUAUUGUCUCAAAAAAAAUUGCGAACCUCUACGAACAUAUACCUCAUAUGUCUGGCUAUAUCCGAUGGUAUUAAACUUUUAAAUGACUUUUUGUACUUUUGGACGGUUCUGUUCUUCCAUGUUAAACCUCCGAUCGGAGAACUGAUGUAUGGCUAUCUGUAUCCAUACGCUCAUUUUAUCAUGAACUGGUCAACGUUCACUACUGCAUGGUUGACAGUAUCCGUUGGCGUUGAACGGUACAUUUUCGUGUGCUAUGCGACCCGGGCAAAAAUUUGGUGUAGUAAAUUCAGAUCAUGCGUCAUAAGCAUGGCUGUUUUUAUUAUCAUGUUCGCUCUGGCUAUUCCAUUUGGAAUGCGUUACCAGACCAUUCAUAAUUCUCAAAACGGAACAUUGGACGUAGUAGUGACGGAACUUUGGAAGGUUGACGUAUUUGUAGUGACAUACACCUGGAUUCAAACCUUACUGAGAUCUAUCGUGCCUUUAAUUAUACUGGUGACUUUGAAUGCGUGUAUAAUAACGGCGCUAUGGAAAUCGCACAAGGCCAGCAAGAGACGAUUGUCCAAGAAUAACAGAAUCACAACGACUCUGAUAUUCGUUGUACUUAUGUUUACGGUGUGUGUGACGCCCGAUGCUAUAAUGUCGUUGUUCAUGGGAUUCGGCUACCUUGACGCCACUUUUCUUGGCAGGGGCAUACGAGAAAUCACUGAUUUAUUACUAGCUGUUAAUUCUGCUUGCAACUUUAUACUCUAUUACACGUUUAAUAGAGUAUUCAGAAAACAUUUUAUUCAACUCUUCACGUGUAUUAAAAGAGGCGAGAGGCGAUUAAGUGGAAAAUCAGAAACUGUCUUAAAUAUGACACCCCAACCAAGCGGAUUUCAUUACCUGAAAAAGGCAUUCCCAUCGUUUUUUCACAGUUCAAUGGUUACGUCAGUUGCUGUAACAAAGGUUCCUCUUGGGUCACAACAGGGUGUUAUCCUUUAGAGCAGACGUUAUAGUUCAUUGCCCGGAUUACUGAGGGAUCGUUCUUAAGGAUCGUUCCGAGGGAUGCACAUGACAAAUUGCUGAUUACUAAGAGAUUCGAAGUGGAGCAUGGUGUAGCAGCUAUUAUAUUGGUCACUCUCAAUUAGUUAAUUGCUCAUUAAAAUGGAGGUAAAUUGAUACACACAUUUUGUUUCCAUGACAACCUACAGAUAUAGAUAUUCUCAUGCUACAAUGAUAACAGUUUUGGAAACUAGCAGGAGGACAAUACUUUUUUAUUUGUAUACCUGAUUUAUGCGAGUCAUAUACUCAUAUUACAGAAGACAGAUCAAAUAUGUGACUGUCAGAAACUCUUGUUUUAGAUAAUAAAAGAGACCAAUGGGGUUAAUGAAUGAACUGUCCUAAUAUUAAAUUAUUGAGAUAUUGCUAGGGUCAACAAACUAACACAUGAGUUCAUGGAUAAACAUUUUUGUGUGGGAGUGGAAUGCUGCAGUUGGGAAACGGUAAGGUUUACCUCACACCCCAUUCUCUUAUACGUCGUAGCACCGGAAGUUUAUACAAUUAUUUUCAGAUGGAGAUUUGUAAGAAUAUACCUCUAGUAACGCUACGUCUCAACAUUUCGUUUGAACACGGUAUAAAACCUCUCAAACUUUCCAGAAAGCACGAUAAUUAUUUUGAAAAAAUGAAUCAUCAUAGUUUCUAUAAUUCCA